CAUACCAUGGCCUUUGAUAAAGUAGCCACCUGGGAUAAGAGUGCACUGGCUAGAACGAGAAAUCCCAAUGGGUCCACCUACAGGGAUUGAUUCCAGACUGACCACACACCAGGCGAGUGCUUUACGACUGGACUACAUCCCGUCCCUCAAUUCAGUACAAGACCUAACCAACAUGUAAGUGUCUGUAUGAAAUUGUCUGAAGCAACAGGAUGCAGUCCACUCCAACAGGAUGCAGUCCACUCCAACAGGAUGCAGUCCACUCCAACAGGAUGCAGUCCACUCCAACAGGAUGCAGUCCACUCCAACAGGAUGCAGUCCACUCCAACAGGAUCCAGUCCACUCCAACAGGAGGCAGUCCACUCCAACAGGAUCCAGUCCAGAUCCAGUCCACUCCAACAUGAUCCAGUCCACUCCAACAGGAGGCAGUCCACUCCAACAGGAUCCAGUCCAGAUCCAGUCCACUCCAACAGGAUCCAGUCCACUCCAACAGGAUGCAGUCCACUCCAACAGGAUGCAGUCCACUCCAACAGGAUGCAGUCCACUCCAACAGGAUGCAGUCCACUCCAACAAGUACCUCAUUACUUAG